CUUCCGUGUUUGAAGACAAGUCCUUCUGCCUGGGCAGGACCCCUGUCCCCCAGCACCCUGCCCCUCUCUGCCGAACAGACUCAGGACCACUGACCAACAACAACCAUCUCAAGCUGCCCAUCCCUGAGGUGAACGAGGAGAGAUGUUGGGAGGCAGAGAAUAUAGAGGAGGACCCUCAGGAUCAGACAGCCAAGAGAAAUCGCUCCAACUCUACUAGCGUUCAUCCCUACUGGAUAGGAGAUCUGGACUCCAUCAUCCUGAAGUCGUCUGGCCCCUGUCCCAGCCACACACACGCACCGGCCGAUGGUUUCUACGGCAACAGGAAGUCCCUGUCUCAGCAGCUGGAGUUUCCUCAGAACAACACACAGCCGGCUCCCCGGCCCUCUCGUUCCCUCAGCUCCGCCCACCUGGUCCAGUCCUGCAGCAGCGUCCAGGCCUUCGUCAUCUGCAACAUCGUCCUGGUGAAGGGUCACGGCAAGGGUCUGGGCUUCAGCAUCGUGGGAGGAAGAGACAGCAUGUACGGACCCAUGGGGAUCUACGUGAAGACCAUCUUCCCUGGGGGGGCCGCAGCUGCUGACGGCAGGCUCCAGGAAGGAGAUGAGAUCCUGGAUCUGAAUGGAGAGUCUCUGCAUGGUCUGACACAUGAGGAUGCACUUCAAAGGUUCAAAAAAAUAAAGAAGGGUCUGUUGACCCUGGCUGUGCGGACCAGUCUGCGAGUUGGCGCCCUCUGUGGCCAGGCGCCGGUAGUGCAGCUGUGUAGGUCCCGUUCCCUCAGCUCCAGCACAGGCAUGGCUCAGCCCAGCGGGGAGCUGGGAGACUUCCACUACCUCAACACCCUGCCUGAGAAACCAGGCGACCGCCUCAUGAUGGAGAUGACCCUGAUCAAAGAGGCUGGCGUGGGGCUGGGCAUUGGCCUGUGUUGUGUACCCUCUGGAGACGGCUGUCCUGGCAUCUACAUCCACACCCUGUCGCCUGGGUCCGGGGCACACAUGGAUGGCAGACUCAGAUGCGGGGAUGAGAUCAUGGAGAUCAAUGACACGGUGGUGUAUAACAUGGCCCUGAACGAUGUGUACACGGUUCUGAGCCGCUGCCCUCCUGGUUCGGUCCAGAUCAUCAUCAGUCGACACCCGGACCCCAAAGUGUCGGAGCUGCAGCUGAACGAGGCGAUAGCCAGCGCCGUGGAGAGAAGCAAGCUGAGACGGGAGAAGAGCCUGUGGAGCAUCGAUGGCCUGCGACGCCUGGAGCCCUGCUCCCACGGCAGGCAGAAGUGUGAGCGCUGUCUGGAGAGGAGCUUCAGUCAGCUGACCACCAGGAGGGCCCAGAAGACCAUGACUCGCUCCUGCAGUGACAGCACCCACACCCACCACCGCUGCCCCGGCCCCGGGCCUGGACCUGGGCCCGGAUCUGGGAAGACACACAACCUCCAGGUCCCUCACCACCACCACCCCGCACGGGUCCACAGUCUGGAUGUCCCCAGGGGCCCCAUGACAGAGUCCUGGUCUGAAAACAGGCUGUCAGCACCGGUGUACAUUGAGGAUGACUACAACGUCCCCUAUAAUUCCCCUGCUACCCUCACCAGCCCGCAAGCCCCAGACCUGGCCACUAGGGGCAGCAAGUCCAGACCGCAGGGCCAGGGCCCAGGGGCCCAGCGUGGGGGCAGCAGGCCCCCAGACGCUACCAGUGCAGAGGGCUGGGCGGGGGACGCCACUGGCUCCAGCAGAGGCUCUCCAGUCAGGGAGGAUGACUGGAGCCCCUCACACACCAGCUGCCAGAUGUUCACCAGCGUUUACAAGGCUCUGAGAAAGAUCCUGAGGUUACUGUUUAGAAGUGAAGGAGAGGGCGAGAGAGCGCACCCGGGAGGAAGCAAAGAAGCAGAUGGUUCGUCUGCCUCUCCUCAACGCUUGCACCGUGCCAACGACAGACUACACACAGUGCUCCCGCUCGCCCAGGGCUCCAGACCCCUCUUGAGAAGACAGGGCCGAGUGGAGCAGCUCUCCCCAGAACAGCUGCACGACCCCUGGGUUCGCAUCUCUGACUGCUCCCCAGAGCAGGAGCCCCACUCUCCAGACUCACGGCAUUCAGACGACACACACCUCCACCAACACACUGCAGAACGCCAGCACAACAAACACUCACGUACCCACAGCCCGGUCACAAUGGAUGAACGAGAGACCCCCUCUGAACCGAAUGACCCCCCUCCAGAGCGCCCUCUCUCCCCCAGGUCUGAGGAUCCCCCAGGGGGGAAGAAGGGUCCACCGGUGGCCCCCAAGCCCACGUGGGUCCGCCAGAGCUUGAGGAGCAUCCGUAAUGGGAGGGGCCAGCAGGAGAAGGCCACGCCCCCGGAACACAGAGCCAGAGUGGGCGGGACCAGAACCUUUGGAGUGAACCUGAGGUCUGCUUCCUCUGCAGCCAACCUGUCAAUCAAACAGAAGAUCCACUCGUUCGAGACGUUCUCCAGCCCUGAGGGUGUUCAGAACGGGAGCACCAGGAGAGCGCUGGGCCCCUCCAGCUCCCUGCCUCUCUUGGACAAGCCCAGGGGUGUCCCUGCCCCCCUGCACGCUGAUGCUGCUGCUGCCGACAAGGACAACACUGCCCGGAGAGCCAGGGAUGACCUGCCUUCAUGUGAAGAGGAAAAAGUGCAAAAGACCUCUUCCCCUCCCCCUCCCUUCUCCCGUCCCCCUGUUUCUGCCUCCCCCCCUCCCUCUCCAUCCUCCCGUCCCCCUGUUUCUGCCUCCCCCCCUCCCUCUCCAUCCUCCCGUCCCCCUGUUUCUGCCUCCCCCCCUCCCCCUCCAUCCUCCCGUCCCCCUGUUUCUGCCUCCCCCCCUCCGUCUCCAGCCUCUCUCCCCGUCACAGUUCCGACCCCUGACGCCUCUUCCCCCGAACCCUCUCCCCCCAACUCCCCCAGAGUUCUCAGAGUCUCCCAGAGCCCCCCAGAACCAGAAGACCCUCAAAGCCACAACCCCAGUCACCAGAGCAGCCCUCCAUCAGAGGGGGCCCCUCCCCCAGACUCAGCCCCGGAAACCAAGCCCCUCGAUGGGGCUUCGGACUCCUCCGUGCUGCCCCAAGACCUGGCUCCCAGGAGGUCCUACAGCGCCAGGACGGAGGGUCCUCCAGCAGACGGGGACGAGGCCCAGAGCCAGCUCAAGCAGGCCAGCCAUCGGACGCGUAGCCUGCCCCUGGGCGCCUCCCCCUGCCUGGACGGCCCUGCUCUGAGGGCUCUGGAGGGAGAAAGUCUGGGCAAGAUACUGUCCUUCAGCAACCAGGUGUCUCAUGCUUUUAUGCGCUCCAUGAACUCCCUGCCCCCCUCUCCCUCCCCCUGCCCGUCCAGCCUGGGUAACCCCUGGCCAGCCGGCCCUCCCGGGGACCCCCCCAGCCUUGAGGAGCCCGACCCAGCCCAGACCGCCCCGCAGAACCCUGGAGUGGAUGGUGCUGAGAGAGGCUUCUCUGUCAGCUUGGCAGAGCUGCGAGAGUGCACCAUCGAGAGAGGGGAAGGGGCGGGAGACGACCAGGGGGGGCGGGACCGCCCACAAGCCACGCCCUCCUCAGCGUGCGCUCACUCUGUCAUCUCAGCCAUCCCCACGCAGGAAAUAAACCGGAUGAUAGAGGAAGUGAAGGCCCUGGAUGAGGAAACACUGAAGCAAUUUGAGGACAUCCAGGUGGUGAUCUUACACAAGGAGCAGGGAGCGGGGCUGGGAUUCAGCAUCGCUGGAGGGAUUGAUCUGGAAAACAAGGCCCCAACAGUCCACCGGGUAUUCCCCCACGGCCUGGCCGCCCAGGAAGGCACCAUAGAGAAGGGGGACGAGGUGCUGUCCAUCAACGGGCACACGCUGAGGGAUGUGACCCAUGCCGACGCCAUGGCCACACUGCGCCAGACCCGGGCCCUGAGGCUGGCCGUGGUGGUGGUCUGCAAGAGGCCCGAGGCCCAAGGGCUAGAGGCCAGAGGAGCUGGCAGCGGCAUGCCCGAGAACUCGUCCGGCAGCCAGCCAGAGGCCGGCUCCACAGCGGAGGAGAUGGGGGCUAGCGUGACGGUGCAGCUGGAGAAGGGAGCCGGGGGGGUCGGAUUCAGCCUGGAGGGGGGAAAAGGCUCCAUCCAUGGAGACAAACCCCUGGUCGUCAACAGGAUCUUCAAAGGGGGUGCUGCAGAGCACAGUGGUCUGCAGACAGGAGAUGAGCUUCUGCAAGUUCAGAACUUUUCCCUCCAGGAAAUGACCCGCUUCGAUGCCUGGAACAUCGUUAAGGCUCUGCCUGAAGGACCCAUCACCGUGGUUAUCAGAAGGAAGGGAGAGGAGACGGACUGAGCUGGACAGAGAUCUGACCCAAACCUUCCUCACCCUAUGACCCUAACCCAGUCCUCCCUCUAACCCUCGGACCCCAACCCAAACCUUCCUCACCCUCUGACCCCAACCCAAACCUUCCUAUCCCUUUAUGAUCUUAAUCCAGACCUUCCUGGUUCCAGUUUAGACUCUCCAAACAGGACCUUCUCUGUUCUGCUUCACCUAUAGAGGGAGACUAGGGGCCAGGUUGAUUCUGACACAGAGCAAACACAAUCUAUGGACACAUUUCUACAAGCUUUUCACUAUCUGGUAUGGAGAAGUGAAUACAGUACAUUUGACAAAGAAGCAAAGAAGAUGAAGAUAUAGUUAACUUUAAGAAGGUACUUAAACUCAAAGGCCUAUAAGAUUUUAAUCACAUUUUGUAUGUACUGUACACAAACUAAAUUAAGGGGAAACAGCAUAGUCAUCCUGGUGCUUGACCAACCAAAGACUACAGACCUAUAUAUGCAGACCAAAAUGUAACUGAGUAUUUCAUUUAGCUAUUAUUGUUCAUUAGAAAUGUUUAAAAAAUACUUUGAGAUGUAUGACAAAAAAACAUAGACGAGUUACAUUUCUGAAUAAAUUAUGAUCAACUGAAACACAACGUAAUCUUCAUUUGUGCAUGUGUGAAUGGUAGACAAGGGUACAUUCAGGGUUCCCGCGGGGUCUUAAAAAGUCUAAAAUUCUGAACUUUAAAUUUAACGCCUUAAAAUGUCUUUGAAGACAUUUGAGUCUGUGAAGUCCCACAUCUCACAUGACCACAAUGUAACUUUUAAGUUAAAAUAAACCAAUUAAAAUUAGGAUU